AUGGUCGUCCAUCUUGAUCUUGCCCUCACCCUGACGCCCGGUGCCACGAUGCCAGAUCGUGCAACCCCAUGGCCAUUUGUCUUUGGGCUAGCUCCAUCGCAACUCGUCUCCAUGCUCGGCGUGUACUACGUCCCAUCCGCUCUCAUCCUAUCUAUCGGCCCCGGACCAGGCUCUUGGAAAACUACCUUCGCUGGAAAGCCGAACUUUUGCCGGCCCCUCGUAUCCCCGAGCGUUGCUGUCGUGCACGCCGUUUUCUGUCACUUCACCAUAGCUCCACGCACAGCCAGACCGUGCCGCUAG